UUAAAUGAGUUAUGUGAUUGUCUAUUUACAACAUAAUCGUAAUAUUUUAGUCUAAUUUCACAAUUUCUGUUUCUUGUAUCUAAUUAAUUAAAUGUCAGUUGUGAUCACAAUAUGCCUGCUUCAAUUAGGAAUAUUGCCAAUCAAAAAUCGCGACACCGAUGUUGCUUUUCUGUUUAUGUCCUACAAAAAAGAUCGGGAUUGCCAUUCUGAACCUUCUACCUGAUCUCGUAGACACGAGAUUUUAGGUUAAAUUAGUAUUUUAUUUGCUAGAACGAAACUCGAUAAUAUCAUUAAUUGAUAUAAAUAUAAAAUUUUCUAAUUAGUGAACCAUUGGAAAAUUUCUAAACAUCAGCCAAUAUGAUUUGAUGUGUGUAUUACUGAGAUUCUCCCAAUUAUAGGAAUUUUCCGAUAAGAAAUACCAAUGAUGGGUUAUUGACCACAGAAUUUCAGAAAAUACAAUCAAUCGGACAACCAAUUGUGUAACAUUAUAUUCAAGUAUAUUCUUGUUUUCGGACUCCUAUUUUCAAGUGCAAAAUAAUACGAGAAAUCAAUUCGAUCGAUCGAACGGAUUUUGACAAUUAUAUGGAGAUAAAUGUAUUAAUAUUAAAUAUUUUAUCAGUAUAAUUUACAUAUUAUAUUUUUAUUAUUAAAUAAUUUUAAGUUUAGUAAUCCUUAUUCUGCGCAAGUGCACAGUGAUGCAGAUGAUGCGUGUUGCUUGUAUUCGUCAUACGCGAUAAACAAAAAACAAAUCGGGUUGCACAUCGAGAAUUGUUGUAAUAUUUUUUAAAUUGUGACAUCAACGACUUGUAAAUUAAUAUGGAAGACAAUCAGUGUGUGUCAUUAAUUUAUAUGGCCAACUGCGAUAAACCAGUGAAAAUUGCAUUUACUAUUGGAGAACCCAUCGAAUAUCUGUGUAUGAAGGUAUGCUGUAUUUUUAAGAUAAGUCCUUUAGCAAGAUAUUUAUUUGCGUUGCAAAGUUAUUCUACAAAACUAUGGUUCCCUUAUGGUCACAUAUUGAAAGAAGAUUCAGAAAAAAGAUUCAACUUUCGCUUAAGAUUUAAGCCAUCCAGUAUGAAUAGACUGAAAGAGAUAGACUUGAAUGCAUAUAAUUAUUAUUUUGAGCAAGUUCGUAGGGAUGUAUUAGAUAAUAAUGUACCUGAUAUUAUUUAUGAGAAACAUAAACAUGAACUGAUUGGAUUAGGAGUUAGUGACAUGUACAGGGUAAUGCUCGAAGACAAAUUAUCACGAGAAAUUGUAGAAUCAGAUUAUAAGAAAUAUAUUCCAAAAGAAUGCAUAAAACGACAUGCUUUCUUUAUUAGAAAACCUAUUCAUAAUGCACUUACAAAGUUAUCUGGAUACGAUGCCGCAUAUGUCAAGGAACAAUAUUUGAAGCAGUUUGAACGCAUGGCUCCAAAUUAUCCAUAUGAAGAAUACACAGCAAUAAUGGAUAAGGAUCUUUCUAAUAUAAAAAUUAAAGUUUUACUUAGAAUUACUAUAGAGCAAAUAAGAUAUUGUGAGAUUGAUAUUGGUACAUGGAAAACAGUUUGUACGAUUGCAGAUAUUUCCACUCUUUCUAUAGGGAAAAACAACACUGUAUUAAUUGGAAGGAGGACUGGCAUACCCUUUUGCAUAUUAUUCGACACAAAAGCACUUUUGUUAUCUUUUGUAUCUGCAUUGGACGGAUAUUAUCGUUUAUCAAUCAAGUGGAAUUUUAAUCUCUGUAGUGGAGAUCCUAGUACUAUUACUCCUUCUUUAGAAAAAUUACAAAAAUUAAGAUGUCAUGGACCAGUUGGACAAGAUUUCUCAUACGCGAAACUCAAAGAAAAAUGUGCCAACGAACCGGGAAGUUAUAUACUACGUGAAUGUGAGGAAGAGUAUUACGUUUAUUAUAUUGAUGUUUAUGAAAAAGAUGGAACUAUAUGUUCACAUAGAGUGGAAGAAUCUAAACCUAACCAAUUUAAAAUGUCAAACACAAUAUAUAAAUCUUUGAGGCAUUUAAUUUCUUCAUUUCAAGAUCCAAAUGAUAACAUAUACUUUGGAAAAUGCUUGGGAUUUUCGGAAUAUGACAAGUCAAAAUUAUUACUUUGUACUUCGGAAAACAUUGUGGAUGAAGUAGCAGCAGACGAGGGAAUAAUCGCGAAUUUACUGAAAAACGGACCGCGGUGCGUACCAUGGAAUGAAUUGCAGGUAUACAAAGCAAUCGCGAAGAGUGAUGACGAUUUGACUUGUACCGCAACAAUGACGAGUAUGCAUCGAGCUAUAUGGCGAAUCACUAAAGGCAAGAAACUCGAAGUUAUGAUGAAAAUACUGAAGACUGAGGAAAACAAUUAUACCAAAGAAUUUUUGGAUUUGAUCGGCAAGUGGAGUCAAUUACGAUCUCCAGCUCUAGUUAGAUUAUAUGGUAUAACUGUGGCCCCGACAAUCGGAAUGCUACUCGAGCUGGUAAAUUUAGGCCCACUAGACAAAUAUCUGUACAGUAGAAGCAAGUUUGUAUUAACGGUCGAUAUGGUGGAAGCCACAGUUUGUCUGGCAACAGCUCUGUGGCACUUGGAGGAGAAUCGUGUAAUUCAUGGAAAUAUAAGAUGCCGGAACAUUCUUGUACAUUUGCAUACAGAUAACAGCUUCAUUGUCAAGUUAGGAGAUCCCGGUCUCUUUACUUACACGGAAGACGAUGUACAUUGGAUACCACCAGAAUAUUACACAGAUUUCGCGUCCGCAAAGUACAAUCUUCAAGCGGACAUAUGGGCGCUGGCGACAACUAUUUGGGAAAUAUUUUCCAGAGGAGCUUCCCCACCUAAGUAUCAUAAAACUCAUACUGUUAAAAUGUAUUACAUAAGCGGGAAACGAUUACCUCCUCCCAACGAUUGUCCAAGCGAAAUUUAUAAAUUGAUGUUGGAAUGCUGGGGCACGAAUUCUAUACCAAGGAAACAACCUCAGGCAAUCAUGCGAGAUAUCAAUCAGAUUCUUUAUGAAGCAUAUAAUUGUCGUAGAACUCAUAAUUAUGCCACUAUACCUCCUAAGCUUCUCAGUGACGAGAACGGCAGUCUUUAUACAGAAGAAAGCAGAUCGAAUAGUGAAUCGCAAAUAAGUUUGAACACUGAUUACACUACUGUUCCUUUAGAUAUUGAUCACACAGUUACACAGCAGUUAGUCAGCUAUCAGAAUCAAGACGACUUAUUGUCUUACACGAGUUGGCUAAAUAACAAAAUAUACAAAAUGCUAGGCAAUACUGUCGAUUGUGAUCCGAGCCAUGAAAAUAGCUUGGGCAAAAUCAACGAAAACAAAGCGAAUGGUCAAAUUUGUAACAACAUAGAUAGUUCCCAAUGGCAAUACGAAAUAAAUGAAAAUACGACUGUGACUCUACAAAAACGCAUAGGCCAAGGCUUUUAUGGUGAAGUGUAUAAAGGUACACUCAGGAAGCGCAUUGAUAACAAUAUCUCAGAGGAAGACGUAGCCGUUAAAAAGCUUAAGACGCAAGAUUCGACAAACAUGCUUGACUUCGAAAGAGAAAUUAAAAUCAUGGAGCGUCUCAAACAUGAGAACAUCGUGAAAAUUCUAUGUUCAAUGGAUCGAAUCCUAGUGAUGGAAUACAUCCAAUAUGGUUCAUUGUUGAGUUAUUUAAUGUCGCAUCGAUAUAGUCUUUCAGUAAAGAUACUUUUAGGCUUUGCUAAAGAUAUCGCCGCGGGCAUGAAAUAUCUUGGUAGUAUGAACAUUGUCCAUCGGGACUUGGCAGCAAGAAAUAUCCUAGUAGCGAGUGAAGACCAAGUGAAGAUUAGUGAUUUCGGUCUCGCGCAAGUGAUAGCUGCGAGUGAUUAUUAUGUAUUUAAAACUCUUCGUAAUAUUCCAUUUAAAUGGUACGCACCAGAAAGCUUGAGUCAAGGCAAAUUUUCAACACGUUCGGACGUGUGGUCAUUCGGUGUGACAAUGUAUGAAGUUUUCAGUUACGGUGUUGACCCACAGUUGCCAAAUAAAGAAAUUACAAAUACGACUGAAUUAUUAAAAGCCUUGAAAGAGGGCUACCGUCUUCCUUGCCCAAAAGAUUGUGAUGCAAGGAUCUAUAAAGAAUUGAUGUUAUCAUGCUGGGAAGAAGACAGUCACAAGAGACCGGUCUUCGCUACUCUAUACGAAAAUAUUAAGCGAUUAAUGUAUUCAUUUUAAUUAUUAGAACUUCUCUACA